UGAGAGCUGCUCAUCAAUGGAGGCUUUGGUAUAAGGCAAGUACAGUGCUGAAAAGGAAGCUUAAUUAGACCUUGGUCUUGGUCAUGAAGACUAGCACUUCUCCAUUGUCUUUUACAAACAGAAACGAUUUUCUCUCACUAUAUAAUCUCACUGACACACACCACUCCAUCAAUCGCACAGCACCAACCGGAAACCGGCCAAAAUUCAAACUUUGAUAUGAAGCGGAGUUGGAUUGAGCAGCAAGAGGCGCUUCUACCUCCCCCUGUGGAGUCAAAGCUCAAGGAAAUCUGUGAGAAACAAAACCAACCUUGGCCGGAUGCUGACGUCAUCCGGAAGCUCGCGGCCCAGGGUGAGGAGUCGGCAACGGAGAUCCUGAGCCAAAUCUCCAAGAGCCAAAGCAUCAGAAGCCUCGGUGGUUUUAUCAUCCACAUGAUCAGGCAUUGUAGGUCUUCUUCUUCUCCUUCUCCCUCUCCUUCUCCUUCUCCUUCUCCUUCUCCGUCGCCGUCCAAAACGGUGCGUUCUGCUCAUGUUCAGUGGCCAGGUGAUGUUAUUCCUGUACAACUUCAUCAGAGGUUUCAAGGUGACGGUGCCACUAGGUCCUCAGUUAUCGACAAACCUGAAGGCCAUGGAGAAGCACACUUGGUAGCUCUAGGAGAACUUGAAUAUAGAAAACAAUUUCUCAUAUUGAGUUACGCUGGAGGAAUGAAGCUGAAAGAUCUUAUAGCGGUCGAAGACAUUCGCCAUUGGAAAGAUUUCCCCAUGGUAAAUUUUGAGAGCACAGUUUGGGAAAAUCUAGGUCGAAAAUGCAUCAACACCGAAGACCGUAGAUUGAACUUUGAUUGGGAUUCUGGAAGUACAUACGUCUAUCAUUGUUACGUCAAUGUGGAUGGGAAUUACACAUUCAAGGGCCCAUAUCUAUACAAAAUUAGAAGGACACUCCUACAGAAAGAAUUAGGAGAUGACAAUGUUUUAAUGGUGAAGUUUGCCAAAGAGGAGGUGCAGAGAGGUCAAAGAGCUGCUGGUGAUCAUAAGUAUUCUACGUAUAUGAAGGUUGCAAGAGAAGGGAUUCUUGUUGGUUUGAGGCGAUAUCGUUUCUUUGUGUUCAAAGAUGGUGGUAAUGAGGAGAAAAAGAAAGAUCCAACCUCGUCAGCUGUCAAAUGUUACUUUGUUCGAGUGGCAUCUGAUGCAGCGAUAGACCAAGAUGUCUAUUACAAGCUAUCUAAUUAUAGAACAAUGCAUGAAGCCAGAUGCCUUUUCAUGCAUGCACAUACUCUGGAUAGUGUCGAUAACUACAUGAUUAGGUUUGCACUCAUUUUGUCCAAGACAACAAGCUUGAAAGUAGAUUGGUCACUCGUCACGGUUGAACCCAUCGAGGAAGAAUACUGUCUCGAUGAAUUUGGUAAUCGUAUCUAUAGAGAUGAAAAACCUCUUAUACAUACUGAUGGAACUGGAUUCAUAUCUGAGGAUUUGGCUUUACUUUGUCCAAAGAUAGAAGCGAAAGGACAGUGGAUCAGAGAUGAACACAUGAAGGGACUUCUUGCUCCUGAUGAAGUUGAAGAUAACAAUAUGGAAAAGAAACGGCCAUGUCUUCGAACUGAAGAACCGCCUUUGCUCAUACAGUGCCGAUUUUUUCACAAUGGCAGUGCUUCUAAAGGAACAUUACUUGUUAAUAAAAAGCUUCAAUCGAAGAGAAUCCAGAUUCGACCAUCAAUGCGUAAAGUUAGGACAGAUCCAACCAUUUCCAAAAGUAUUCAAUCACUGAACUCCUUGGAAAUAGUUGGCACCAGUACCCCCCCUAGGAAUACACAUUUAUCAAGGAUAUUAAUUGCACUUCUAAUGCAUGGAGGGGUACCGGAAGAAUUUUUCAUCCAGAUUUUAAAUAAAGCUUUGGAAGAUGCUCAUGGUGUUUUCUGCAAGACGCGACCAGCUCUCAGAGUUGCUGAGAAGUAUGGUGAGAUUGAUGACAAUUUCUCUGCAAAAUUAAUGAUCUCAUUCGGUAUACCUCUCGAAGAAUCAUACUUGCGGUUUCGUCUGUCAAUUCUCAUGAAAGAGGAAAACAACAGCCUUCGAAAAGGGAGACUUUAUAUUCCUGAUUCCUAUAAUCUGAUGGGAACUGCUGAUCCUACAGGGACUUUAAAAAAAGAUGAAGUCUGUGUUAUCCUGAAGGAUGGACAACUGUCGGGGAAGGUACUGGUGUACAGGUAUCCGGGUUUACACUUUGGGGAUAUUCAUGUUUUAAAAGCCGUCUAUGUAAAGGAGCUCGAAUCUGUUGUUGGAAAUGCCAAAUACGGUAUAUUCUUCUCUGCCAAAUACGGGUUUACACGUUCUCUUGCUGAUGAAAUGGGUGGUGGAGAUUUUGAUGGUGAUCUCUACUGGGUCUGAAGAAACCCUCAGCUACUGGAGUGGUACAAACCAAGUGCACCUUGGAUUGCAGCUUCAGUAUCUACUAAAAAAUAUCCCAGUAGGAGUCCAUCUGACCUUUCGCCUGAAGAUCUAGAAGAUGUUUUGUUUAAAUCAUUCUUGACCAAUAGGUUUGAACCAAGUUUUGCUAUGAGUGAGGCUGCUGAUAACUGGCUUGCUUGGAUGGAUCGAUUCUUGACUCUAGGUGAUAAUAACAUGCCUGAAAAGAAUGAUGUGAAGGAAAAUAUACUAAAGUUGGUUGACUUAUAUUAUACAGCCUUAGAUGCAGCAAAGAAAGGUGUUAAGGUUGUAAUCCCAAAAGAAUUGAAAGUCCCACGUUUCCCCCAUUACAUGGGAAAGAACAAGUCUUACCCUUCUACUUCAGUUUUGGGAUUGAUUUAUAACAGGGUGGACGAGUAUCAGACAGAAGAGCGUUCUCUCAAAGAAGUCGAGAAACUUCCUGCUUUUGAUAAAAGAGAAGUCCCUGAUGCCUGCUUGGACAAGUGGGAGGAACUAUACCGACAGUAUAGGGAAGAGAUGGCCUCUGCGAUGCGUGAUAAUGAUAAACAGAGCAAAAACCAGUCUGCUGAUGUGGUCAUAAGGAAUUAUAAAAACAUUCUGUACGAGGCUAAUGACUUUGAGGAGAGUAGAAGGCCGAUUGAGGAGAUAUAUAACGAGGCACAUGCUAUAUAUCAUGUGUGUUAUGACUAUGCGAAGAGGAAAGAAAGUGUGACGUUGUGUUCCUUUGCGUGGAGAGUUGCAGGUAAAGCUUUGUGCCAACUUCACGCCAGGAUCAAGAAUGAAAGGUGUUGUACAAUUGUAUCCUCUGUUUUAAAAGAGAUCCUGUGACUUUUAGUCUUUUACUGUCAUUUCCUUCUCUAGUGUUGCGUUGUGUAUCAUACCUUCUAAAUUAUAUAAAGUGUUCGCAGGCUUCCCCAUUGAUGGUGAACAACUCGUUAAAAAAUACCAUUGUUAAAACCAAUUUGAUUUUGUUACAAGAA